UCCACUUGCCCCCCUUCCCACUCAUCCUCUCCUUCUGCAUCACGGCCCAUGGGCCGCCUGGCGGCGGUGGUUGCGGCGGCAGCCACGCUGACAGCGGGGAAUGGCCAGACAGAUCUGGCUCUGGACGAGGCUGCUGCCACGGCACCCAAGCCACCGUCGUACACCUGGCCGCCGUUCACGAACUGGGACUGCGUCGGAGUCCGCGGCGUGCUCGACUGGGACGAGGUGUACGGCCAGGUGCUCGCCGGCCUGCGCAGCCCCGAGCAGGAGGGACGAGCGGUGGCUGCUGUUCGACGCCGUCGUCGAGGCCUUCCAGGGCCACACGGCCGAGAUGAGCGCGGAGAGUGCCCGCUGGGGUCCCUCUACUUCCUCGUUCUGUACACGUACAGGAUGAUCCAGGGCGGGGGAAUGGAGGCCGUCCAGCAGUCCCAGCACUUGGCCUCCGCGCUGCGCCAGUUCCCGUUCUUCGUGGUGGCGGGCGGCCGGUGGCCGACGUUCGAGGCCCUCGACCAUUUCUCGCACAUGCAUAAGGCUCUCAGUCGCAAGGCCAUAGAGAACACGCUGUGUGAGGGUGUGCGGGGGACCUCCGGCAUCGAGUGGGACGCGGUGUUGGUAGCGGCCAAGACGGGGAGAGGUACGCGGGGGGAGGCUGGGCGCUGCGCGGCAACGCCCGCAUUCGAACAUCGGAGGCCGGAAGGUCCCGCAGCAAAUCCCAGG